AGCAGGCCUCCUUCAUGAUGAGGCAUGGCCGCUCGGACCUGCUCAUGAGCUCCGACACGCACCACAUAGGCGUCUGCCUGCUUGCUCGGGCCAUGGUUUGGCUCAAUUUCCAGGAGCGAAACUGGAUUUUCCACCAUCUCAUGGCCAUCCUCAAGUAUCAGGACGAUAGGCGGUACGUCCCAGCCAUGGCGCUCUUCAUUCAGCUCCUCAAGUGCCCUGACCUUGACAACGAGCUGGAAGACGCCAUCGUGGAGGAGAUGAGCAGGCUGCUGAGAGACCCCAAGACCGUGGUGCGCUGGUUGGCGCUCAAAGGCCUCCUCAAUCUGGCCCUUCGCCCAGAGAAGGUGGGGAAACUCCAGCAUCUGCUGCCAGAUGUCCUGGAGCGACUCCAGGAGGUAGACAGAGACCUCACCCACAAGGCCAUCGCCGUGCUGAAACACCUCCUCCCCGGCAUGGACAGACAGAGCGCUAGCCGCGUUGCUGUGCAAGUGGCUGCGCAACUCCUGCCGUUGUUUGAUUAUGUAAGGCCUGGCAGCUCACAGGAGAUCCCAUCAAACUGCAGACAUGUGACCAGCAAGCUCCUGGUGCUCUCCAUCACCCUUUUUAAAGACCUGCUGGAGCUUGUAAGGGGGCCCAACCGGAGCGAGAUGAAGGAGCAUGUGCUCCAGAUCCUGGUCCCACUGCUCCUCCUCGUGCAUGAUGAGCGUCCCAGCAUGUCCCAGGUGACGCGCUACAACGGGAGAGCUGAUGACUUCCUGGGCCAGACCAUGGCCUUCCUGCAGCACCCACAGACUCCAGUUAGGGAAGCAGCCAUCAGGUUCCUAGGGCUCACUGCCCGGCAGCUGGACCAGGGGAGCCAGGACAAGCUGGACGCCAUCUGCGACAACCUCAAAGGCUUGCAGCAGGACAGCAUGUCCUCAGUCCAAUGCCUGGCUUCUCAGACCAUCUUCAUCCUGGAGGCCUUCAAGAACCAGCCUCCAGCCUGCUGCGGCCUAUGGACAUAGCCAGCUCUGUACCUCUCGGCCUAUGGACAUUGGUCCAUAGGAUAACAAGAAUGUGCACUGCGGAGAGCCAGCUCAUUGAAGCUGCCCAGCUGCCCUAGCUCUGGGAACAGCCAGCCUCCCUUCUCUGGGGGCUUGGUGCAUCAGAGCCCACCUGGAGCAAGGUGGAACACACGGCUUCUUCCCAAUUGGCUGCCUGCCCUGCCCAGCCAUGUGAGUAGUUAACUGCUCGAUAGCUUUCAUCAUCAUGUACUUUUUGACAGGUUUCCAUGCACCGUGUUGCAUUUACGUCCUGCCCUCCGUCCCCAUUUCCAGUCGUGUACGUUUUUGAUGCCGUCGGCCAUUUUGAAAAUUUAUUUUGUAUUAUUUUUCUGUGUUUGGCUGGGGGAAGGUUGUGUGCUUGUGUUUUGACAUAUUUAGAGAAAAAGUACGAAUGAGUAGAAAGAGAGGCUGUAAAGGGUUUGCAGUCCCCCCCCAGGCCCCACCGUCCGUCCAUCUGGGUGGGAGACCACACCCCUUGCUAUGAUACUUCCGGGGGUACCUUGGUUCAGGGGAAAAUUAGCUCAGUGUUAAUGGCUCUAGCCUGCAGUCAGGCCAAGUAACGGUAGAGAGUCUGUUUGCCCGGGGCCCUCAAUCAGGGCAGGGCGUCAGUCGAGAAGGGGAUCUGGCCUACAGUCAGGCAGGCAGAGCAGCAGGAGGUCCAUUUGCCUGGCCCUUGAUCAGGGUAGGGCAGCAGUCAAGUAGGGGGGCUCUGGCCUACAGUCCGGCAAAGCUGUCGCAGUCUA